UCAGAGAAGACAUUGUUUUCCUGUACCUUUAAGAGUGGGGCGCAGUGUGCAGGACUACACUGGGGACGUAAAUUCAAACACUUGGCUCCUCCUAAUUUUACGGUUUCGUUUCCUGGAGGUCGAGCCUGUCGUGUUGUUGACAAAAACACGUAACAAAUAUCGUUUUUUACUGGGCAAAAUGGGUCAGUCGUUGCCGACCCCGGACUGCGAGCCCUCGGUGUGUCCUUUGUGCCACGGUUUCUGUCGGAAUCCGACCGCGCUGAGAUGCAAACAUAUUUUCUGCUACUGCUGUAUACAGGAGUUAUGGAGUGGUUCGCCCACCGGUCCAUACUACUGCCCCGAGUGCAAGGAGGAGUACAAGACAUUACCGGUGGGGUUCAAGAGAGACACUACCGCAAGUCCGUGGCGACAUGAAGCGCCUGCACGUACACGCACCACCGCAGCCACAGGCAGAGCCAAUGAAGAGGAUGUCAUUGAGAUCAAUUCGGCGGGCUGGACCCUUGGGAAGAGAGCCUCCAUCUCUCAAUCCAAGCGUCUGUUAGGGAAGAGACCAGCCAGUUCUCCUGUCCCAGGAGGCCAUCUUCACGACAACAAGAGACAAGCCACUGGCAGCUCCUCUUCCUCCCACUCCAGUGGACAGUCUGGUGACCGUAAGAGACCCGCCACUUCCUCUUCCUCCUCUUCAGCCAAUCAGAACACGUCGUCUGACGUCGAGUUGUCCAGUGAGGAGGAGGUGCCAGCAGCACCAUUCUCCUUAGCAACCAAACCGUCUAGUACUGCGUCCGUCGCCGUCAGAGGUCCGGACCUGACACGUGAUAGGUCUAGGUCCCCUAGGAGAGACCCACCCAUUGAGCUGGACCAACCCCCUGCUGCAACAGAACCUCUUACAAGAGAACCCCUGAAUGACCCUAGAAAAUCACCUGAAGCAGCCGCAGGUCACAUGACCAACACAUCGCCAAGAAGAAUCACCACCGUUGAACUGGACCCACCUCCACCCCCUGCAAGAGAUCCGUACACACCCGCCAAGAAUCCUGCUGAAACGACCCAAACAAGCCAUUUACGUUUAGCCACCCCUACGAAGGAGAAGCCUGUUGAAGCUGAGCGGGAGCCUCUUCCAGAGAUCUCCAACAGAUCUGGUCCAAUCGGCACCUCCACCUCUCCUACCCGUGCUGCCAACAACCUGUCCCCUGGACGUACCAACCUGUCCCCCAGCCUGGCUCGUCAAACCUCUAGGGAGACCUUCCUACCCUGCCACUAUUGCCCCAGCCAGGGCUCUCUCCCUGCGGUGAAGACCUGCCUAGUGUGUGGAGCCUCCAUGUGCUCCGACCACCUCCGGCCUCACCUGGAGUCCCCUGUCUUCCAGAGCCACACCCUGGUACCCCCUGUGGAGGACACCUCACCCUGGAGGUGCCCGGAACACCAGGAGAUGAACCGAAUCUACUGCCGUCAGUGUAGUGUGUGUGUCUGUACCGUGUGUACCGUGAUCGGAUCGCACCGGGACCACGCUUGCGUCAGCAUCAGAGAGGCUGAGAGGGAGCUGAGGGGGAACCUGAAACAGGAGAUGAAGAAGAUGCAGGGAACGGAACAGUCUUUAAUCAGCAGAGUGACUGAGAUGACAGAGAAGAAACAGAGAUUCCAGGUGUUGCUAGGUGACGCGCGUGCGGGUGUGCAGCAGCAGUACGAGACCAUGCGUGAGGCCCUGCAGCAGGAGGAGGACACGGCCCUGCUGUGUGUGACUCGGGAGGAGAGCAGGGCGGUGGGGGGACUGGAGGAACAGCUGACACAGCUACAGGAAACCCUCUCCUCCCUCCAACGGGGUCUUCAUACUCUGGAAGGGCUGGCUGACACCCGGGGCGCCGCACGCGUACAGGAACAGUCCUUCAUCAUGGAGUACAGUAAGAUAACCAAAAGUGUGUCUGAGAGCUGUUCUGUGGAGGAGCUGGAGGUUCCACAGGAGGUGGACAGGGCCAGGCUGAGAUGCCUACAGCAGUGGACUGAGAGGCGGCUGGUCUCAGUGGUCAUCUCCCUGCCUGACCGGGACCCCUUCAGGCUGCUCUAUGGCGCCAGCCCCGUCUGGACCCGGACACAGCCCACCCCAAGCUGCUCAUCUCUGAGGAGAACAGGAAAGUGUCUUACAGCGAGGUCCAGCAGGCCUACCCGGAGCAGGGGGCUCGCUUUAGCUCCUUCCCCAGGUCCUGGCCUCUAA